CCUGACGAGCUACCGUGCGUGCGCGCUAGCACCCGCGGCUUCUCCUCUUCUGAGGCCGAGUCGUCCAACCAACGCCGCCUGCGCCCUAUCUGCACCAUCGUCCCCACGCCAGAGAAGAAGACCAAGAAGCCGGCGGGGGCCUCGAUCCGUGCGCUCAGGGACCUCCGCAAGCCGGCAUCCCCCGAUGCGCGCUGGGAGAGGGCGGGCACGGCCGGGCGCGCGAGCGCCGCGAGCGGCGUGGCGGCCAGGCGCCCGAGAGCUACGGCGGUCGGGUUCUCUUCUUCGUGGCAGUGGAUCGCAGUGGAGGCGGCGGAGGCCGCCUGGGCCGCGCAGGGAACUCCGGAGGCGACGAGGUUCCGCGGUGCGGCGGCGGCGACCUGCGGCAGCGACCAGCGGGCCAGCGAAUAAAAUGACACACGGAUGGGUGGAUGAUAGGGGGGCCAGGCCCGGACACACACGGAUGAGGGGACGCAGAAAAGCGUCCGCUUUCGACCCAAUGUGUCCUAAAUUUGGGACGAAAAUGGGUCUUCGCGAAAACAAAAUAAACAAGAAAUAGAAAUGGGUCUGUGCGUUGGGCGUUGUCUUUUACCCGUGCGCACGCAAAUGGAUGCAGGCGGAUGAUCUGGGUCGCUGCGUUGGAGUUGCUCUUACAUCCUUGA